CAGACACCGGAAAUAAACAGGUGGUUUACAAAGGUGAUGGAAAAGAUGAGAAGUCUAUAAUUUUAAUUAACGUUGUAGUAGAUUAACGUGUCAAACAGAAAAAAAGAAAGAAAACAACAAACGGUUACCAUGGAGUAACUGUUGACAUGAUGUGUUACCAUGGCAAGACCGAGUAGUAAUCUUUACGAUGAUUAUUGGAAGGAGUUCCAUGAUAUAGAGAACAAUCAGGAUGAUGAUGGUGAAGAAGAUCUGCACUCAAAAACACCUGACGAAGGUGAACAGGAGGCAGCAUGGCUGAAUGAAGCUGGUUAUGGUUUUGUUGUUAAUGCCUUACAUGAUGGGAAGGAUUUGUCGGAGGAUGACAUUGAUGCCCUGACUGCGACCUUGACCUCCCAUCAGGCUGCUGUUGUGAAAAGGAGGGUAGAUACUUUAAAUGCAACGAUUAGGAAGAAACAGAAACAGAGUAACAAGACUGAUGUCAGAGAUAUUUUCAAAACUAAGUCUUGGGAAGGUUAUGGUGCAUCACCAAGACAUGGCUCUGAUGAAGUUGAUGGUAUCAGAGGGAAAAAUCCUGAACGUUACAGCUUUACUAAAAACAAGGGAGGGUACUCUAUGUCAGGACGGAAAACUGAGAAUGUUGCAGACAAGAUGGCCACAGGUGUAGAAGUAUUGAGCAUGCAACCCAGAGGUACAUUCCGUCAGACAAGUUUUACGAAGACGAGCCUGAGCCAUCCCAUGCCCAGCAUAUCAGAUGAAGAUGUAUCAUUGGACAUCAAAAUAAGUGAACCUGCAGUACCUAAAGAAAGGGCACCAGUUCAAAUAAUGGAAAGAAAAGAACUCAGGGAUAAUUUACCAGACUUUGAUAUUCAGCCAGACCUAAUGGGGAAUACACACAUAAGAGAUCUGAGUCAAGUUGAUCUAGAUCACCUGAGGUCUUUAACAUUAAUAGAAUUAACUGCAUUAUUUGAUAAUAACAACAUAUUGUGGUCACGGCGGAAAACCAAGAAAAAAUUGAAAGAUCAUGGUCUGUUUGGAGUCCCACUGGAGACGUUAUUAGAGAAUGAUAAACAAAUAGAUUCCAAGUGUAGUAUUCCUUUAGUCUUUCUUGAUAUUAUACUGUUUUUAGAAAAACAUUGUCUAGAUAUUGAAGGAAUUCUUCGUGUUCCUGGGUCAACCUCUAGGGUCAAGUUGCUUAGACAAGAGAUAGAAGAGAAGUUUUAUCAAGGUACAUUUUCCUGGGUUGAUGUUAUGCCUAAUGAUGCUGCAGCGUUACUGAAACAGUUUCUACGAGAGUUACCUUCCCCUUUAUUGACACCUCAGUACAUUGAAGCUUUUGCUCAAGUGGAAAAUAUUCCAGACCGGCAGCUACAGCUUCAGGCAUUAAACCUUUUAAUUAUACUGUUACCAGAUGUUAACAGAAAUACUUUAUGGGUACUUCUUAAAUUUCUGAACAAAAUUGUGUCGCACAGAGAUCAAAACUUAAUGGGAUUGAAUAAUGUAGCUAUGAUAAUAGCACCAAAUCUGUUCUUGUCACCUAUUUCAAGGUCAAAAACAAAAACAGUGAAUGACCUUGAAAUCAAUAUGGCAGCAGGGACUUCAAAUGUUGUCAGGAUGUUUAUUAAGUACCAGAAAAUUAUUUGGAUGGUGCCAUCUUUCUUACUGCAGCAGAUGAGACAUAAAAAUGAAUUAGAACAACACAGAAAAGCCAGAGAAAAACAUAAGAUGAAAUUUCUUGGUAAAAAACAUGAUAGGGCAGAAUUGUACAAAAAGCCAAUUCUUCAUGAGGGUGAUUUUGUUGAUGGAGUUAUAAGAGUGCAGGCACCACAUUUAACCAAGAGUUGUGUAGCUAUUAGACUUGAUCCAGGUGUCAGGGCGGGAGAUAUCGUCAACAGAUUCCGCAAAACUACAAACCUAAACAGGGAACACUUGUCAGCUGGUAAAAAAUCUGGUCGUGGGAAAAUUGUUGUGGACCCAAGUAAUGUACAAUUUGCUCAAGACAAUACCCACCUGUUUGAAGUGGGUGGCAAUAUAGGUGAACGAUGUUUAGACCACAAUACACAUAUGUUGACAUUAUAUAAAGUUAAUCCUAAUGCAGAAUGGAUUAUUAAAGGCAGAGGACAACCGUAGCAGCAUAAAAUAAAUUUUCUUUAGAAAUUUCAAACCAAAUGCAUAACAAAGUGCUAUUGUUAUAUUUAUAUCUGGAAAACUAUAGACAAGGCAGCCAACAUUCCAUGGAUGUGUAAAUCCACAUAACAUAUCAAUCCACACGACGAAAGACAUUUCAAUCCACAAUGAACCUGUAAAUCCGCAGAAUAUAUGAAUCCACACGAAGAAAGACAUUUCAAUCCAUAUUGGACCUGUAAAUCAUGUAAUUAAGGAAAGAUCUUACAAUCCGAAAUUGUAUAUUACGCAAAUUUAUACCUCUCCUCUGUCAAUUGAAGUUUGAAAUAUGUGUUGAAUUUUUUUUAUUUAAGUAACAUUUCAAUUUAGGACAAAAAUCUUAUUUUUUAAAUUUUAGAUCUGGUUAUUGAUGAAAUAAAAAAUUUUUCAGAGAUUUAUGUAAGUCUGAAACUUUUAUCAAAAAUUAGAUACUUAUACAAAAACAAAAUCUGGUAUUUAAAAUGUAUUAAGAUAACUCAAUUUCAAACUUAAUUAGUUUCACAGUCUAUCUUCAAAUCACAUGUGAUUCUCUUACUAAUUUAAAAUGCAUUUAAAUGGGAAAAAUUGUUGAAAAAAGAUUUUUUUUUACAAAAAUGUGAAGAUCAGCUUUUACAUGAGCAAGAACAUAUAUAGUAGAGCAUUAUAUUGAUGGAACAUAAAGAAAUCCAUUUUUUUUUUGUAUUUUAGGGCAUAAUUAGAAAAUGGCAUUUUCAGAAAAGCAAUUGUAAUGGUUAUUUUGUGUUACUCAUUCACCCCUGGUUGAGGUAUAAAAUUUAUUAAGAACUAUACACUUCGUUCUGAAUUACCAAUUAAUAUUCAUAGUGUAAUGUUAUAAUGUUGAUAAAGUAUCUUUGUCCAUAUGACUUAUUUCUAAAUCAUUAUAUUGAUAGCUUGUUUUUGUUAUAAAAAUUAGAUGAUAUUUUUUGGUUGUUUUUUUGUUGAAAAUAAGCAUUGUUUCAAAUAAUAAUGCUAAUGUUAUUAAUACUUAUGUUCAGUUUGCUUAAAACACUGGGAAGGAACUGAGUAAAAAAAAUUAAGCAACAAUUAUUAUUAAUUAUAUUUAAAAAUAAAAGAGAACUCACAUAAGUUAUUGUAACAAAAAUAUUUAAGCGUAACAUGCAAUUUCUACCAAACUAAAAGUUCAUUUAAAAAAUUAUAUUUUAAUUUUUUUAUUCAAAAUUUAUGAAUUAAGAUGGGUGUUGCCAAACAGUUUUUGCGUGAAAAAAAAUUUUGACAUUAGAAAAUUGUACUCAUAAUUAAAAAAAAUGGUUAUUUUGACAAAAGAAUAGCCAGUUAUUAUUUUUCUUUAAAACAUAAGUGAAUACCUAUAAUAGUAAUAGAUAUAAUUAUAUACAACUGAAUUAAUUGUGCUGAUGAAGUUGAAUUCUUUCACAUAGUGAACACAAAAUAAUAGCUUUAUUAUUUUUAAGCUUUAAACUGCCAAUUACAGUUAGUGAUUUUUAUAGAUGUUGCAAAUCCAUUCAUAUUUUGUAAUUGUGCAAUAAAAUGAUGAAGAUUUAGUUAGUAAAGUAGACAUAACAUGGAAGUAGUAUAUAUAUAUACCAUAAAUAAGGGUCUUGAUCGAGUUACAGAAUAGUGAUUAAUGGGCAAAGAAACAAAAGAAGAGAAAAGGGUUAAAAAGAUAAAGCAUGGAUAUAUUAGGAUAUUAAUUAUAUCAUGUAUAUAGAUUACUGAAUAAUGAACAAAAGAUAAAGAAUAUAGAAUAUUCAGAUGCUAAAAUAUAGAGAUUACUGAAUGAUGGAAAAAAAUAUAUAGAAUAGAUAAAAUUGUAAACAAAAUCAAGACCCUCAUAAAGAGCUUUAAUUGCUUGACCAUCAUACUCUUGACAUUAUUUAAGCUUAGUUUUCUUCUAUUAUAUUUUAUCUUUGUAGAUUUUUGCUUUCAAACUUAAAUGAACCCUACAAUUAAUUUCUUGUUGUUUACAUCGGAGAUAACUCUUGAAAUUUGUAAUAAGAUUGUAAUGGGCUUUUUAAAGCAUUUGUGUAACACAGAAUAAAUCGAUAUAUGUUACGUGGAUUGUAUCUAGGCUAAAGAUUAACAUAGAUGGUUGAUAUCAUGAAUUUUAUGAGUUAUGUCCCUUAGGUCAAGAUCAACACUAAAAAAAUUACGUUGUUCACUUUAACAGUUACUUUAAGCAUGAUAGAAAAAAGGGCUACACUUGUGAUUUAAUUGAUAAAACCAUUUCUUAUCUUGUUAACAAUAAUAUUGUUAUCAUUCUGUAUUUAAUUUAUUAUUGCUUAUAUCAAAUAAUCUCUAAAAUGUGCUCAAGCUUUGUUUAUUGCUGAAAAAAAAUUAAUUUGCUCAAAAUAAAGCUUAUUGCAAAGUAUUAUUUAAUAAAUAUUUUCUGAAUCAGUUGUACUGAGAUGAAAUUGGAUGGCAAAGAAUAUACAUGUUAUGUGUUUUAAAAAAGUCUACUUUUCCUCAAAUUAUAAAAAUUA